AUGCCGUCCCUGCAGAAUCUUCCCGAUGAAUUGCUGCUCAACGUGAUCAACAAACUUUCGGUAUACGACGCCAUGGCCUUGUCGAAGCAAAGCCGUGGAAUACAUGCUCUGUGCGAUGUGAAAAAUCUUCAGAAAUAUCAUCAAUCGAAGUUUGGCAGAGAGAAGUACCCGCAGACCCAUGAAGCUGUACUCCAAGCUGGCCUAGACACAUUACUUGCCAUCUUACGAACUCCCUGCCUUGGAGAUUAUCUUCGCCGUGUGGACCUUUACGGAACUGGAAUGAUUGAAUUUUGUGCUUCCCCCGAGGAAAUCGACAGACUCAAGCAAGCAAUCCUAGGCGCCGGCUUCCAAGAUGCACAGGAGCGCGAGUCAAUUUUAUCCAUGCUUUCACGCAACCCUGCUAAAUUCCAAUCUGAUUCAAGCACGGAAGCACUUCAGUUCAAAGAUGCCUUCAUUACGCUCUUGGUUGCAGCUGCCCCGAAUCUUGAAUUCAUUUCAAUGCAUCCAUUACUGGAAUACAUUCGAUCUUCAUCUGCUGGGAAUUAUGAAAGGGUGAAUCUUCUCCAAAGAUUGUGCUGUCGGGCCUCUGCGUCUGCAGACUUCCACCCAGACGAUAAGCUUAACGAGUCCAAUGAGUACGUUGAAGAUCCAUAUUAUCAUCGUCUCAAUAUGGUCCGCAAACUACCGGCUGUUGAAUCGCUGGUAACGUGGAGCAAUGAAGCCGGAAUACCACCUCCUCCCCGUUCCGUCAACUACAGCAAAAUCAGCUUUACACAUUCUGUAAUGGAAAUUUGGGAUCUUUGCCGUAUUAUCAAAUCCGCCAAGGCCUUGAAAAGUUUUAUUUCCACCAUCGGUGGUCGUUUAUACCCUGAGGGUGGCAACCCCGUGUUAUGCGCGACUCCGAUAUUCGUCCCUUUGGAUGCAUCGCCAGACUCUAGAAGAUUUGAAUCUGGAUCUAGAGAGCCAGACACCUCGGCAAGACUUGGAUAUCAAUCCCGUCAAGAAGAUAGGAUGACCGAAGAGGACCGAAAAGAUUAUGAGGAGCAAUGGGCAGACGAGCUACUGGAGCUAGCCGCCCCAGAAAUCGCACCCUUGCGCGUCUCCCUGAAAGACUUUCCACAGCUCAAGAAUAUCACUCGAGGUGCAGGAGAUGGCAAGAAGCAGCUUGACUCAAAGUCUUUCAAUCUUGUUGAUCAUAUCCCGUCUACUCUUAAGUCUCUCCGGAUUUACGGGCACGGACAGCCCGCAGAUACUCCCUAUCUGGAUUACGAAUCUGAUCUAGAUGUCAAUGCCCAAAUUGAGCAACUGGCGCGACUGAAGAUUUUUGAAGGCGUUGAUCCUUGUAUUCCAAAUGGCAGGACUGUGGAUGAAGGGGCGGAUGAAGAUGAUCUAGAACUUUUCUGGAAAGAUCCAGAUGACAACAGGUUUGAUGACAAUGUCAAUCUAGAAUCAAUGCUGUCAGUGUAA